UCCCCGCGCCACGCGGCUCGACCAAUGGGAGCGCGUGCAGCGGGGCUCCGGGGUCCGCGCCGCGGGUGCUGAAAACCCGGCGCGCGCAAGCGGGUCCGUUCUCCGCGCUCGCGAAGGUGGCGCGUUCUACCCCACGGGCCCGGAGCGCGCGCCUGGCCGCCUCUGCCCGGAUGGACUCCGAGACCGCUACCCAGGCGCCGACCCAGCGCUACUUCACGUGGGACGAGGUGGCGCAGCGCUCCGGACACGCGGCGGAGCGGUGGCUCGUGAUCGACCGGAAAGUAUACAACAUCAGCGAGUUCUGCCGGCGGCACCCCGGGGGCUCCCGGGUCAUCAGCCACUACGCGGGGCAGGAUGCUACGGAUCCCUUUGUGGCGUUCCACAUCGACAAGGGCCUUGUGAGGAAGUAUAUGAACUCUCUCCUGAUUGGAGAACUGUCUCCAGAGCAGCCCAGCUUUGAGCCCACUAAAAAUAAGGAGCUGAUUGAUGAGUUCCGAGAGCUUCGGGCCACAGUGGAGCGGAUGGGGCUCAUGAAGGCCAACCACGUGUUCUUCCUGUUGUACCUACUACACAUCCUGCUGCUGGACGUAGCUGCCUGGCUCACUCUUUGGGUCUUUGGGACAUCCCUUGUGCCCUUCCUCCUCUGUGCAGUGCUGCUCAGCACGGUUCAAGCCCAGGCUGGCUGGCUGCAGCAUGACUUUGGGCACCUGUCUGUCUUCAGCACCUCCACCUGGAACCACCUGCUACAUCAUUUCGUGAUUGGCCACCUGAAGGGGGCCCCUGCCAGUUGGUGGAACCACAUGCACUUCCAGCACCAUGCCAAGCCCAACUGUUUCGGCAAAGACCCAGACAUCAACAUGCACCCCCUCUUCUUCGCCUUGGGGAAGAUCCUCUCUGUGGAGCUUGGGAAAAAGAAGAAAAAGUACAUGCCAUACAACCACCAGCACAAAUACUUCUUCCUGAUUGGGCCCCCAGCCUUGCUGCCUCUCUACUUCCAGUGGUAUAUUUUCUAUUUUGUUAUCCAGCGGAAGAAGUGGGUGGACUUGGCCUGGAUGAUCACCUUCUAUGCCCGCCUCUUCCUCACCUACGGGCCGUUUUUGGGACUGAAAGGCGUCCUGGGCCUUUUCUUCCUGGUCAGGUUUCUGGAAAGCCACUGGUUUGUGUGGGUCACACAGAUGAACCAUAUCCCCAUGCGCAUUGAUCACGACCGGAACAUGGACUGGGUCUCCAUCCAGCUCCACGCCACAUGCAAUGUCCACAAGUCCGCCUUCAAUGACUGGUUCAGUGGACAUCUCAACUUCCAGAUUGAGCACCAUCUUUUCCCCACGAUGCCGCGACACAAUUACCAUAAAGUGGCUCCCCUGGUGCAGUCCCUGUGUGCCAAGCACGGCAUAGAGUACCAGUCCAAGCCCCUGCUCGCAGCCUUCGCCGACAUUAUCUACUCCCUGAAGGAGUCUGGGCAGCUCUGGCUAGAUGCCUAUCUUCACCAGUAACACCUCCCCACCCCAAAUCUGGAAGAGAUGCCUGUCUUCACUGAUAAUACCAGCC